CUACGGUGAGAUUCGAGCUGCGACUCUGGCAGAGUCUGGAGGUCGAAGCCCACGGCUUCCCGAUUCCUCUUCCCGGGUUCGUCGCCCACGCUGCGACAAGCGCGCUUUCCUGCCUUGGCUCCAGCUCCUUUCUGCCUGGACUGCAGCAUGUUUGGGGCACUGAGAGGACAAAGAUAAAGCCCCCCUCUGACUCCUCUGUGCUCCACGAUCUCCGAAGAGACGAGACCACACAAUUCUGUGUGCUAAAUAGUCAAGGACGAAGAUUGUGCAGACAGAAGUCAGUGCUUACCUGCUGUCCCUCCGGAGCACACCACUGAUUUUCAGAAUGGCCACAGCCCCUCAGGCGCCAGGGAGGGGAUCUGUUCGUAAGACGAGACCUUUAGUUGUAAAGACUUCCUUGAACAAUCCAUAUACUAUCUGCUGGAGUGCUCUGGACAGAGAGGAUAUGCACUUCAUAUUACAGACGCUGGAAGACAGGUUUAAGUCUAUUGGACUUCAGAAGAUUGAGGACAAGAAGAGAAAGAAAAAAACAGCUGUUUUGAAAAAAGGGAAAGGAAAACGCUGCAUAGACAGUGAUGUCAGUGAGGAGCUGAAGGAGAAAAAACCAGAGGCUAAGCAGCAGGUGUCAGGGUGGACACCCGUGCACGCCAGGAAGCAGCUUACAAUUGGUGUUAAUGAAGUUACCAGAGCCCUGGAAAGAGGUGAGCUGCUCUUAGUUCUGGUGUGCAAGUCAGUUAAGCCUGCCAUUAUCACCUCCCACUUGAUCCAGUUAAGUUUAAGCAGAGCUGUUCCUGCUUGUCAGGUUCCCAGGCUCAGUGAAAGAAUUGCCCCUGUCAUCGGCUUAAAAUGUGUCCUAGCUCUAGGAUUCAAGAAGGACACCACAGACUUUGUUGAUCAGGUCAAGGCCAUCAUUCCCAGAGUACCCAGUCUCAGUGUACCAUGGCUUCCAGACAGAAUUGGAGAUUCCACGGAAAACUUAGAGAAUGAAUCUUUGGAAAGCCAAGACCAAGAAAUUUUAGACACUUCUUUUGAAGACCUCUCAAAACCUAAAAGAAAGUUGGUUGACAGUCAGACUUCAGCGGUAGCACUACAGCCCCUUAAAAUAAAGAAACUGAUUCCAAACCCUAGUAAGAUAAGGAAACCACCCAAAAGUAAAAAAAACACUUCAAAGUAAUGUUGUAGAAAUUGGUCGCGUCAUAACAAUUUUUAAAACGACACCUCGUGAUGCCUUGAAACUAAUAAAAUGAGUUAUAUUUACGUAUAUUCCCAGAAUCCUCUGAUACUGUUCUUUUCCAGUGUGUAAGACGUCAUCACUGCCUGCCACAGAUGUGCUGACGCUUAAAAAGCACUAAAUGCAGAAAAUGUUAAAAAUAUAUGAAUAUCCGAACAAAAGUUUAUUGAAACUAAUGUCCAUGCUUGUAUAAAUUCACUUUUUUAAAGGCUGGUACAAUGCUUGUAGGCAAGAACGUGUGUGUCGUCUACAACACUUAACAUUUUCUGUCGAACUCGGAAGGUGCCACGCUAGACGUUCUAGUUAAAUGGGCAGAGGUAACCGCACUGGAGAAACAUCAGUUUUACCUUCAGAAGCAACACAUCAUGUUUUAUUUACUUCAUGGCAAGUUGACCUUCUGAGUAGGUAGGCAUAGACUCAGACUUGGGAGAAAGGCCUGGUAUUUAUAGAAAAACCCAGAUACGGUAUUUUGACUAAUUAGAAUGCAUCUCCCCCCACUUACAUGGUUAACUUCCUUAGAAAUCUUCUACAAAAAGCAUGAUGGUGAUCAGAUAAAAUGUGUUGAGAAAAAUCUGAAGAACUUGGAUUCUCAGAAGUGGCUGUGUGCCAGCUGUGUGGCUGUGUCCUUCAGGUCAGAAAGUGGAGCAUAAUCAAUACUAUUUACAGUGUGUUUAGAAAAGUCACUUUCUGUAAUUUAGAGGGAAUUAUUACAUUGCCAGAACUUUUUUCAGGUUAAAUUCUGGCUGACUCAAAUUAUGCCACCUCUUCAUUCAUGGUCAAAAAGAAAAAAAAAGACAAAAACAGAAAAAACAAAGUUACCUUAUAGGAUAGAGCAUUUUCAUAACAAAAGUGCAGGACAAAGUAGUUUUUUUUUUUAAUCAAUAAGAUGAUACCUUUGAAUUUUCUCAUAGCUACUUUUAUUUAUUUAUUUGUAGAGGCAGAGUCUCACUUUGUUGCUCUUG